UAUUGUACUUUUCGAAGAUGAUAGAAAAGAAGCAAAUAAGCAACGUGACAGUCCCUGAAAGGAGAGGAGGAACAUCAAUUUCCAAUUUUGAAGAGUUAUUUGAAUAUCCUAGAUAUAAUCUUUCAAGUCUGGAGAAGCUAACGUUGUCCAAACUAACUGAAUUGCGGGUGAUAUGGAGUGGUCCCAUUCAAGUUGAACACUUUCAAAAUCUCACUCGAUUGCAAGUCCGCAAUUGCAGAAGGUUAAGAUACAUCUUCUCACCUACCAUCGCUCGAAAUUUGCCACAAUUGUCGUGGUUGCAUAUAGCUGACUGUGAGGAAUUGGAGCAAAUAAUUGAGAAGGAUCAAACUCCGUCACAACAUCAUCUCCAACCUAUUUGCUUCCCUAAUUUUUGGUGGAUUACAAUCAUUAACUGUGAAAACUUGAAAUGUCUCUUCCCGAUUCCUCUUGUUCAUGGCGGCCUUCCAAAACUAAGUGGAUUAUGCCUUAGACAGGUCUCCAAAUUAGAGCAGGUGUUUGAAGGAGAUGAGACAAAUCUGAAUGAGGAAGAAGAGAAAGUGAUACGCCUACCUCUGCUCCGCUUCUUAAAGCUUGUUGAGCUACCAAACCUCGUGAGCUUUAGUCCUGUGGGUUACCAAUUUGUUUUCCCAUUUUUGACGUAUUUACAAGUAAAAGGUUGUCCCAACAUGACCACAAGAUUUAGUGUUGGUUCAGAGAAAUCAGUGCAUGCGAAAAUGCAGGCAAGCCAAUCAGAUGAUGAAAUUAUAGUGGAAGAAUCUGCUACAGCUCAAGAAACUGCAUGGCCAAUUGGUAGUGAUAUAGAAUGGUGGCCUAAUGGAAAAUUAAGCAUUGUGAAUGUUUAAAUUGAAUGCCAUUUAUUUGUUACUAUGUACCAUUUAUUCGUUAAAUUGAAGACAAAUUUAUUGAGGUAUAAGCAAAAACAAAGUA